AUUCAAUGCAUGUGUACUAUGGUGCACUGAAAUUAUUUGCUGGAUAAAAACACAGUGCAUUCUAACAAUACAUUAUUAAUAUUAUUGCUCAAUACUUUUAACUUCUUGUUUUUUUUGUAUUUGUUAAAAUGAAAUGGACAAUUCCUAAACCUUUUUAUUAUUAUUCAUUCGGCGCCACUAUUAUUGGUGGAGGUUAUUUACUGAAAGACUACUUUUCUGGGGUUCAAUACGAGGGAAAAGAAAGAUUGGAUGGUAAAAUAGCUGUAAUAACUGGAUCAAAUACUGGUAUUGGUAAAGAAGUAGCUCGUGAUUUAGCUAAACGUGGAGCCAAAGUUUUAAUGGCUUGCAGAGAUAUGAAGAAAUGUGAAACUGCACGCAGUGAAAUAGUAUUGGAAACAAAGAAUAAAUAUGUUUACUGUAGGCCAUGUGACUUAGCUUCUCAAGAAAGCAUAAGAGAAUUUGUAAAUCAAUUUAAAAAAGAAUUCAACAGUCUACACAUUCUUAUAAACAAUGCAGGGAUAAUGAGAUGUCCUAAAAGCUAUACCAAAGAAGGAAUUGAAAUGCAGCUUGGUGUAAAUCAUAUGGGACACUUUUUACUAACAAAUUUGUUGUUAGAUGUCUUAAAAAAUUCUGCACCAUCAAGAAUCAUAAAUGUUUCAAGUUCUGCACAUAAACGUGGUAAAAUUAAAUUAAAAGAUUUAAAUAGUACAGAAAACUAUGAUCCUGGAAUGGCAUAUGCACAAAGUAAAUUAGCUAACAUCUUAUUCACAAGAGAGUUAGCAAAUCGCUUAAAAGACACUGGUGUUACAGUUAAUGCUGUUCACCCUGGUAUAGUAAACACAGAGAUAAUGCGACAUAUGGAUAUCUAUCAGAACAGAAUUUGUAGGUACCUUAUACAUGCAAUAUUAUGGAUAUUUGUUAAAACACCUGUUAAAGGAGCACAGCCUGUUCUAUUUGCAGCCAUAGAUCCAUCGUUAAAAGAUGUAACUGGGGCUUAUUUGAACAAUUGCAAAAUGGGAGAUAUUUCUGAUGAAGCAAAGAAUGAUGAAAUUGCAAAAUGGCUGUGGGAAGUUAGUACUAGGUGGACUAAAUUAUAUUCUGUAUAACUUAAUGCAAAUAUAUGAAAAUUUUUGUAAAUAA